UGCGGCGCUCCGUAGAGUUCCGUCGGCGAGCUCCACGUAGGCCGCGCAAGCGUCUUUGGCACCCCGUUCACCUGCUGCCGUUGUCGCCGCCGCCGCCGCCGCCGGGGCUGGAUGGGGGGCAUAGGCCAGCCAGUGGCACCCAGAAGAAAGAGACGCGGCGGCGGCGACGCAGACACCCGCGGGACAAGCGUCCCGACCCGCCUGCGAGCCCAAGGAGGUGGCGCCGAGGCCCGGCCCCCGCGGUCCCUGGUGUAGAGGGGCCGCCGUCCCCGCCGCGGCCGGGUCUCCCUGGGCACUCGCCCCUCAGGUCUCACACUCAGGACCCCGCGCUGCGCCAUGUUCAAGAAACUGAAGCAGAAGAUCAGCGAGGAGCAGCAGCAGCUCCAGCAGGCUCUGGCCUCGACUCAGGCUUCCUCCAAUUCUUCAACACCAACAAGAGCCAGGAGCAGGACAUCUUCAUUUACAGAGCAACUUGAUGAAGGUACACCCAACAGAGAGCUACUAGCCGGGAUGAUAGCAGAGCCUGCUUUUCUCUCUGAGUAUACUAUCUUUGCUUUGGAUUCCUCCAAACAGCCUAAAACACAGACUGACAGUGUGAAUGCAUCUAUCCAAGCCACAAGAUCUCCCGACAGUGUUAAUGGAAGUGAACCAACCACUCCUCAGUCAGGUGACACGCAGUCUUUCACACAGAAGCUCCAGCUCCGGGUACCUUCUGUGGAGUCUUUGUUUCGAAGUCCACUGAAGGAAUCUCUAUUCAGAUCUUCUUCUAAAGAGUCUUUGGUACGAACAUCUUCCAGAGAGUCCCUGAAUCGAUUUGACCUUGACUUUUCUGCGGCCACCUUUGAUCCAUCCUCUGAUAUGGAGAGUGAGCCGGAAGACUCACUCACUAAUUUAGACAGUCUCAACAAAGAACAGUUGAUUCAAUGCUUGCGAAGAAUGGAACGAAGGUUGAGUAGCUACAAAGGAAAAUGUUCAGAGUUUGUUAUAGCUUAUCAGACUCUUCAGAGAGAGAAGAAGAAGCUCCAAGGUAUAUUAAGUCAGAGUCAAGAUAAGGCACUUCGGAGAAUUGGAGAGUUAAGAGAGGAGCUACAAAUGGAUCAGCAAGCAAAAAAACAUCUCCAAGAGGAGUUUGAUGCAUCUUUAGAGGAAAAAGAUCAGCAUAUCAGUGUUCUCCAGACUCAGGUUUCUCUGCUGAAACAGCGGUUACGAAAUGGCCCGAUGAAUGUUGAUUUAAUGAAACCAUUCCCUCAGACGGAAGCAGAGGCUGAAGGUGUCACUAAAGAGAACACAGAUAGUGACACAGAGCCAGUAGCCGUAGAUGGAGCUUCUGCUAAAACACGGGAAGUCCUUCAGCAGAGAGUUAAGCGGCAAGAGAACCUACUGCAGCGCUGUAAGGCAACAAUCCAGUCACAUAAGGAACGAUGUGCACUAUUAACCAGUGAAAAAGAAGCCCUGCAAGAACAACUAGAUGAAAGGCUUCAGGAGCUAGAAAAGAUGAAGGAGCUUCAUAUGGCUGAGAAGACUAAACUUAUCACUCAGUUGCGUGAUGCAAAGAACUUAAUUGAACAGCUUGAACAAGAUAAGGGAAUGGUAAUAGCAGAGACCAAACGUCAGAUGCAUGAAACCCUGGAAAUGAAAGAAGAAGAAAUUGCUCAACUUCGUAGUCGCAUCAAACAGAUGACCACUCAGGGAGAGGAGCUUCGGGAACAGAAAGAAAAGUCUGAAAGAGCUGCUUUUGAGGAACUUGAAAAAGCCUUGAGUACAGCCCAAAAAACAGAAGAAUCACGGAGAAAAAUGAAGGCAGAAAUGGAUGAACAAAUAAAAGCUGUUGAAAAAGCAAGGGAGGAGGAACGCACCGUUCUUCAGCGCGAAUUAAGUCGGGUGAAACAGGAGGUUGUUGAUGCAAUGAAAAAACACUCAGAACAAGUUGCUAAGCUGCAGAAGCUUCAUGAAGAAGAGUUGGCCAGAAAAGAACAGGAACUGACCAAGAAGUUUGAGACCCAAGAAAGGCAGUUUCAGGAGCAAAUGAAAAUAGCCCUCGAAAAAAGUCAGUCGGAAUAUUUGAAGAUCACCCAAGAAAAAGAACAGCAAGAAUCUUUGGCCCUGGAAGAGUUAGAGUUGCAGAAGAAAGCAAUCCUCACGGAGAGUGAAAAUAAACUUCGGGACCUUCAACAAGAAGCAGAGACUUACAGAACUAGAAUUCUUGAAUUGGAAAGUUCUUUGGAAAAAAGCUUAAAAGAAAGCAAAACUCAAUCAGAAGAUUUAGCUAUCCAUUUGGAAGCAGAAAAAAAUAAGCACAAUAAAGAAAUUACAAUCAUGGUUGAAAAACACAAGACAGAACUGGAAAGCCUGCAGCAUCAGCAGGGAACUCUUUGGACUGAAAAACUCCAAGUCUUAAAGCAGCAGCAUCAGGCUGAAAUGGAAAAACUUAGAGAAAAGUAUGAACAAGAGAAAGAAACAUUGUUGAAAGACAAAGAGCAUGUCUUCCAGGCCCACAUAAAAGAGAUGAAUGAGAAGACUUUAGAAAAGCUUGAUGUGAAGCAAACAGAACUGGAAUCACUGACUUCUGAGCUGUCAGAAGUGUUAGAAGCCCGUGACAAGCUGGAAGAGGCACUCUCUGUACUAAAGGGCCAAGCAGAUAAAGUAAAGCAGGAACUAGAGGCCAAGCUAGAUGAACAGAAAAGUCAUCACGAGCAGCAAGUUGACAGUAUCAUUAAAGAACAAGAGAGGUCUAUCCAGAGAAUGGAGAAGGCAUUAAAAGAUGAAAUUAAUCAACUUGGUCUUCUUCUGAAGGAAAAGGACCAGCAUUUGAAAGAGCACCAGGCUCGUGUGGAAAACUUGGAGGCAGAUAUUAAGAGGUCUGAAGAGGAACUCCUGCAGGCAUCUGCUAAGCUGGCUCUGUUUCAGUCGCAGCAGAGUACCACACACGAGCAGACCAGGGCAUCCCAGGAGCAGUUGGCUCAGCUGCAGGAGAAGUUGUUGGGCUUGGAAACAGAAAGAGUUCUUCUUACUAAACAGGUAGCCGAAGUUGAAGCACAGAAGAAUGAUGUCUGUGCUGAGUUAGACACUCACAAGAUCCAGGUGCAGGACUUAAUGCAGCAGCUUGAAGUGCAGAAAAGUGAAAUGGAAGAAAAAGUGCAAUCUUUAACCCAGCUCUACGAGUCCCAACUUAGAGAUACUAGCACAGAACAGGCACAGACUAAGCAAAUCUUGAUAGAAAAGGAAAAUGUAAUUUUACAGAUGAGGGAAGGGCAGAGCAAAGAAAUUGAAACUCUCAAACAGAAAUUAUCAGCCAAGGAGGACAGUAUUAGUAUUUUACAUGAGGAAUAUGAAACCAAAUUUAAAAAUCAAGAAAAAAAGAUGGAAAAAAUUAAGCAGAAAGCAAAAGAGAUGCAAGAAACGUUAAAGAAGAAAUUACUGGAUCAGGAAGCCAAACUUAAAAAAGAGCUUGAAAAUACCGUCCUGGAGCUUAGUCAGAAAGAAAAACAGUUCAAUGCCAAAAUUUUGGAAAUGGCACAGGCUAAGUCCGCUGGAAUUAGCGACGCAGUGUCGAGACUGGAAACAAACCAAAAGGAGCAAAUCGAAAGUCUCACUGAGCUGCAUAGACGAGAACUCAGCGAUGUCGUAUCUGUCUGGGAAAAGAAACUUAAUCAGCAAGCUGAGGAGCUGCAGGAAAAAUAUGAAAUCCAAUUACAGGAAAAAGAACAGGAGGUAGCAGAACUGAAGCAAAAGAUCCUCCGAUGCGGGUGUGAAAAAGAAGAGAUGAACAAGGAACUGGUGUGGCUGAAGGAAGAAGGCGUUAGGCAGGACACCGUGUUAAAGGGGUUACAGGAACAGUUAUACCAGAAGUCUGCUCACAUGAAUUCUCUCUCACAAAAUGAAACUAAACUAAGAGCACAACUUGAAAAGCUGGAGGUUGACUUGAAUCGUUCUCUGGAGGAAAAUACUUCUCUUCAAGAGCAUAUAGUUGAACUGGAGAAACUGGCAGAAAAAGAUAAGCUGAAGGUUUCUGAGUUGACUGACAAGUUGAAAGCCACUGAUGAGGAAUUCCAGAGUUUGAAAUCUUCACGUGAAAAAAGUAUGAAAAGCCUAGAAGACAAAAGCUUGGAAUUCAAAAAACUAUCUGAGGAACUAGCAGUUCAGCUGGAUAUUUACUCUAAGAAAACUGAGGCCUUGUUACAAAGUAAAACAGAUGAGCUAAUCAGCAGCAGUAGUAGUAAAAUUAAUGCCAUUCUCUCUAGAAUUUCCCACUGUCAGCACCACACAACAAAAGUUAAGGAGGCGCUACUGAUUAAAACUUGCAAAGCUUCUGAAUUAGAAGCACAGUUUAGACAGCUAACAGAAGAGCAGAAUGAACUAAAUAGUUCCUUUCAACAAGCUACCCAUCAAUUAGAAGAAAAAGAAAGUCAAAUUAGGAGCCUGAAGGCUGAUAUUGAAGGUCUUGUAAUGGAAAAAGAAGCCUUACAGAAGGAAGGAGGCAGUCAGCAGCAGGCUGCCUCUGAAAAGGAGUCUUGUAUCACGCAGUUGAAGAAAGAGUUAUCUGAAAACAUCAAUGCUGUCACACUGAUGAAAGAAGAGCUUAAAGAAAAGAAAUCUGAGAUCAGCAGUCUUAGUAAACAACUAACCGAUUUGAACACUGAGCUUCAGAACAGCGUCAGCCUCACGGAAAAAGAAGCAGCCAUUGCAUCACUAAGUAAGCAAUACGAUGAACAGCAACGUGACUUGCUGGACCAGGUACAGAACUUAUCUUUGAAAGUUGAGACUCUGAGUAAAGAGAAAAUCUCUGCUCUUGAACAGGUAGAUCACCUGUCCAGCAAAUUCUCCGAAUGGAAGAAAAAAGCACAGUCAAAAUUUAUACAGUAUCAAAAUACUAUCAAAGAAUUGCAGAUGCAGCUUGAGUUAAAAACAAAGGAAGCCAGUGAAAGGGCUGAGCAGGUAAACGUCUUGAAGGAGGACCUUGAUCAGCAGAACGAAAGAUUCGUAUGUUUAAAGGGCGAAAUGGAAGAAAAGAAGAGCAAGCUGGAGAAAAAAGAGUGUAAUUUAGAAAGUGAGUUAAAAGCUCAAAAGGCAAGAAUUGUCGAAUUAGAGGAGCAUCUUGCUCAGAAGACAACUGAAAUUGAGUCCUUAAAUGAAGUUCUCAGCAAACACAAUGAGCAAAAGGACACCGAACGAAAAGAGAUGCUUCACAAGCUUCAGCACCUUCAAGAGUUAGGAGAAGAAAAGGACAGCAGAGUUAAAGAAGCUGAAGAAAAAGUCUUAAGACUUGAAAAGCAAGUGUCUUCCAUGACAUCUGUACUUGAAACCAAGGAGAAAGAAUUGGAACAUGUGAAUGCAAGUGUGAAGGGCAGAGAAGAGGAAUUAAGGGUACUGCUGGAAGAUAGACUUGAGUUAGAGAGUGCUGCAAAACUGGCAGAACUGAAGAAAAAAGCCGAACAAAAAAUUGCUGCCAUCAAGAAGCAGUUGUUAUCUCAAAUGGAAGAGAAGGAGCGGCAGUAUAAACAAGAUGCAGAAAGCCAUUUGGAUGCGCUGAAUACAAAAUUGCAGGAGAGAGAGCGAGAAAUUCAGGCCUUGGAAGAAAAGCUUAAAUCAGUGGAAGGUUCACCACAGUCAGAAGCAUCAGUUAUACCCAGGUCAGCAAAAACUGCGGCAGCCUGUGCUGAGCACAAAAAGCCAGAUCUCCAAGGCUGUCUGCAGAAGGCAUGUGAAGAAAAAAUCACUGUUUUACAAACACGUCUGAUGGAAAAAGAAAAGCUGUUGCAAAGGCUAGAGCAGGAAAAGGAAGAGACGGUUUCCUCUCAUUCUGAAAUGCAGUGCAGGUACCAGGAGCUCCUAGUAAAGAUAGGACAGGCGGACACAAAGCAGCAUGAGGAUCAAGCUAUGAUAAGUCGUCUUCAGGAGGAACUUGAAGAGAGAAGCAAGAAAUAUUCCUUGAUAGCACCCCAUCAUGUGGAGGAAGAGGGAGGUAAAAAUAACAUAGGGGCCAAUCAAAACUUGGAAAAUGUGGUUGAUGAUGUCCAGAAAAUUCUCCAGGAGAAGGAACUGACCUGUCAAAUCUUGGAGCAAAAGAUAAAAGAGCUGGAUUCCUGCUUAGCAAGAGAGAGGGAAGGUCAUAGACUGGAAAUGGAAGAGUUGACCUCAAAAUUUGAAAAAUUACAGGCUUUACAGCAGCAGAUAGAUGGAAAAAAUAAACCCACAGAAGUUUUGGAAGAAAGUGCUGCAGAAAAGUCCAAAUCUCAUGGAGUCCCACCCACAUUGCCUGGUAACAUGGAGGCCCAGCACAAUGACCUGGAAUUUAAAUUAGCAGGGGCAGAGCAGGAGAAGGAGAAGCUCGGCAAGGAGAUCGUAAAGUUGCAGAAAGAUCUGCGAAUGUUACGGAAGGAGCAUCAGCAAGAAUUGGACAUCAUGAAGAAAGAAUAUGAACAAGAAAUGGAAGAGAAAAUCAAACAGGAGCAGGAAGAUCUUGAGUUGAAGCACAAUUCCACACUAAAACAGCUGAUGAGGGAGUUCCAUACACAGCUGGCGCAGAAGGAACAGGAGCUGGAAAUGACCAUAAAAGAAACCAUUGAUAAAGCCCAGGAAGUGGAAGCUGAACUUUUGGAAAGCCAUCAAGAAGAGACAAGUCAGUUAUAUAAAAAAAUUGCAGAGAAGGAAGAUGAUUUACAAAGAACAGCCAAAAGAUAUGAAGAAAUCCUUGAUGCUCGUGAAGAGGAAAUGACUGCUAAAGUAAUGGACCUCCAGACUCAACUCGAGGAGCUACAGACUAAAUACCAGCAAAGGCUGCAUCAGGACGAGAAUGCUAGCAAUGAUAAAGUAACAAUUAUGGAGUUACAGACACAACUAGCACAGAAGACUACACUAAUCAGUGAUUCAAAGUUGAAAGAGCAAGAGUUCAGAGAACAGAUUCACAAUCUAGAAGACCGUUUGAAGAAAUAUGAAAAGAAUGUAUAUGCAACAACUGUGGGUACACCCUGCAAAGGUGGCAAUUUGUACCAUACUGAUGUCUCACUCUUUGGAGAACCAACCGAGUUUGAGUAUUUGCGGAAAGUGCUUUUUGAGUAUAUGAUGGGUCGUGAGACUAAGACCAUGGCGAAGGUUAUAACCACUGUCCUGAAGUUCCCUGAUGAGCAGACUCAGAAGAUUUUGGAAAGAGAAGAUGCCCGGCUAAUGUAUACUUCACCUCGCAGUGGUAUCUUCUGAGUAAACCAUCAGUCUGUGCUUAGUUAGCAUGUGUCCUGGCUCCGAUCAUCGUCCUAAAGAAACAGGGUGGUGAUUUGGGGCAAGCCUGGAGGGCUGUCCGCGUUUGCCUCCUUGAGAAGCGAGCUGCUAUUUGGGGCCCCUUAUGGAGCCAAAGACCAAGAAAAAUCUGACAUUGGCCCACAGAUAAUAUUGCAGACUGCCUUUCAAAUCGAUUAUAUCAGUGGAGAAAUGGUGAUAGUUUAUUCUUUUGUCUUCAGUUUUUUUUUGUUGGGAAGAGUUUUAUGUUGUUUAAAGAGAUAUUUUGAAUAACUCAACCUGACUUACGGGCUCAUUUAAUGUUCCUUUCUUCCAUUCUUUUUGUCCCUCUUUUUAAAGAACUGCUUGCCUUUCCUAUUUAUUUUUAGGGUGAUUUUUUUUAAAGACUUGUGCAAUACAUUUUGAGGUGAAACUUAGUGGAUUUUUUCUGAUAAAUUAAAGCAUUUAAUUGAGUAUUUUAUCCAGAUUGAUUUGUUGAAUAUUUGCUAAAGACUAUUUCUUUAAGCUAUAGAUAUAAAUCCAAACAGCGGUACCUCAUUGUUUACUUAGCUUUUGUACUUAUAUUUUUCAGAGGAAAAAAUACUACUGUAAAUUGUAAAUACUCAGUACUUAUUGUAUGCAGAUCUGUGACUGUUGGCAAUGUCAUCUUGGAAAAACAAAUCAAUAAAGUUUAUUUACUGUAUAAA